CAUUUUUUGGUCUCUUGGCUGUUACAAUAAAUUCUUUGCACCUGAGGACUUUGAAAGAGCAAACUAAUCCACUCUCCUGGCGCGUCACGAUCAAGCCAUGCAGACCGAUCUUGAACUCGGACGACUCCAUCGACGUCGGUAUGUCCACGAACCAGAUACGAACGGCACAUUUUCCUCAUAUUCAACAUGCAGGGCCGGGAUAUUGCUACCGAUCAACAAAUAACCGAUGACCUCGCAAAGUGCCCAACUUACUUUGAAAUAUAUCUGAAACCAAGUUCAUACUCGGUGAAUGGCUAUGGUAUAUGCCCACCAGGAAGAAAGUACCAGUCUGCGGAAAUAUUUCGCCAUAAAGAUAGCUUAGGGCGUGUGUGGACUGGUCCUGAAGAUGACCGAUACCUGAGCGCCACGGACGGGCGACUCGCAAGUCUGGCAAUGGAACCGUGUACCCCAACCAUUCUUCAGAUUGUCUACGGGCUUCUGGGGCCUCAGCUCCAGAAUGAUCCAGAUGCGUCAUGGUUUGCCGUGUGCUUGUGGUGGUUGCCAUCCUGUUUAACCAUUGCUGCUCUGCUCUUUAUUCCAGCUGAUCUCGGUGGUGAGAGGAGAAAUAAUGGUCGUUACGAGCAGUUCAAGUAUCACUACUGGGGUUAUCCAAAGGUUCCAGCCAAUCUCCAUGAGAUCCCAACAUCGAGGGACAGUAUUUUAUCGUUCCGUCAUCAAAAGGAGAAUGGCUUCUCAGAACGACUUCUGCGCCCGAGAAGACUGUGCUUGCUUCAAGAUGAGGAAGGGAUUCAGAUUAUUGACAAUGUCAGCGAAUGGGAGGCAGUACAUGGAAGCAUUGAGUAUUUGUUCGUCUGCUAUACCACUGAGCAGUUCAGUCAUGACGAGAGUGAAGAAGACAUGGAUGAACUGCAUCGCAUUGCCGAGGCUGCAGCCCGAAUGGCUGGAGUUGCUGCUUACUGGAUUGCAUGUAGCUGUAUGCCAGGAGAUCAGGACCACUCCGAAGAUGUCUACCGGAUCAGUGAUGUCGUCCGGGGCGCCCAUUCAAUGGCGGUAAUUAUCGGACCUCCUCGCGGUUCCAACCCAAGCCCAAGGGAAAUGCUCCGUCAAUUGGGAAGCAGGAUGUGGACCUUCCCAGAGGUCCUUCUGAGUCCAUCGAGCCGGCCUAUUUCGAUAUACAUGCGUGGUUGUGACCCAGGGUCCUACCGCACUCUGUCCAAGCGGGACUUCGCCAUUGAGGCCUGGGGAGACGCUGGUGUCUCAAACCAGCUUAUCGAUCACUAUGAAGGCUCAAUCAUACUCAGCCCUCUGGAGCUAGUUUCCAUCGCAUUGCAAUGCUUUCCGAACCGUCAUACCGCGGACCACUACCAAGGAGACCUUUCAUACGCCUUGAUGGGUUUGUUGCGACGCCGCCCACAGGUCACCAAAGAUGAUUCGGCUUUUGAAGCUUUUUGUCGACUAUCCUUAGCCAAUGACAGCGACCAGCUGAUUGAGCGGCUGAUAUGCAUACUCCCUCGAAACAUCAAAACACCCUGGCAUGAAAUCGACGACUUUUGGGACAGUAACCUUUGGGACAUCGAGCCUCAUUGCCAAGUUGUGGGUCUCGGGGGCGGCGAUACUGUGAUCCUCAGUGGUGCCUUUGGUGCUCCUAUCCGUUGGAAAUCGUUCGUUCCAGUCAACCUUUUGAUGCGGGACACAAUAACACGUGCGGUGACCAGAGUUGUUUUGCGCAGUAGUCCUGUUUGGCUCUUGCCAGGCGUCAUUUUGCUAGCAAUCAGUCAGUCCAAAGGAGGCGCUUUGACUCCGGUCACAGCGAUGGGGUGGAUAUUCGUAGGUCUGUACAUUUUAGUUAUAUUGGCUUCCCCAUAUUUCAUCUACUCUCUUUAUGUUGGUAAGACAUGGGCUGCGCAACCAUGGCUGUUCGGGUUCGAAGGUUAUAUGGACAUCGGUGAAAUUGAGACACUGAUCUUCGGCAUCAAUCUUGGCCGAUUGAAGUGGAGUCCAUUCUCCAGUGAUCUCUCAUUGCAUGAAGACCAGGACGGUGAAUGCGUCGGACAAGAUCCCACUCAAAGUGAACGCAUUGCAGAGUUCGUGUCCCAGGCCCGAGAUUCCCAGUAUGGGGAUCUCAAAGUCUUCACCUUAGUCGACACCAAUACUUUAACCGUCACCCUAUUCCGGGCUGUCCGUCCACCGGUGGCCAUGCUGCUUUGUGGCAGCGAGGGUGGCAUGCAGCGGGCGCUGCUUUGUUCCUACGAUUGGAAAUCUCAAACCCUCUAUCGCGAAAGUGUCCUGCGGGUGGACACGCUCGUCUUGGAACAUAUGUCCCGCGUGGGUCGAUUCCGGCUUGGGUUAGAAAGGCCUGUAGCGGAGACGGUGAGGGCAAGUGGUUAGCAGUACUAUACACUCGAGUCAAUUAUGAUCCUGAAAUAUAGCUUCCGGCAAACAUCUAAUUAUCCUUUACUUGCACGGACCCAAUGUGUUUUAAGAAAAUGCCAUUGCUAUUGACUUAAAAGAUAAAUCAAAGCUGAAAAACAAAAGAAAAGAAAUGAAAGUUUAUGCUUGGGCACUUGUCUGUUCCGGCACAUAAGGAGUCUCAUAAGGCCGUUCGGCCUGUGGUGUGAUACGAGCCAAGUGACGGCGCUCACCAGUCUUCCAGUCAAGAAUGGCCGAGUGUGCAGUGAUGCGGUUCUGAAUGAACUGUUAGC